GAUGAAAACAGUUACAGUUGCUCUCUGUUUAGUUUUAGUCUUGUUGGCUUCUGCGGAAGAUCACAAAAGUUAUCAUGAAAUCAAGCAGCAUAGGACGAUAUACGUGACCAAGGAAGAAAAAGUUCCGUACCCGGUUAAGGUCGAAAAGGAAGAGAAGUACCCGAUCCACGUCCACGUCGAUCAUCCAGUGCCUUACGAAGUAGAAAAGCCUGUUCCUUACACCGUUGAGAAGAAAGUCCCCGUGGAAGUCAAAGUGUACGUCCCAGAACCGUACCCCGUCGAGAAAAUCGUCCGUGUUCCGGUCAAAGUCGAAGUACCUCACCCAGUGCCAUACAAAGUCGAGAAACCUGUGCCCUAUGAAGUUGUCAAGGAAGUCAAAGUCCCCGAAUACAAAGAAGUCCCCGUCCCAGUGAAUGUCUACUACGACGUCCCCAAACCUUAUGACGUGCUGGUCACCUUGGAGAAAAAAGUGCCCUAUUACGUCGAGAAGAAAGUACCCGUUGAAGUCAAUGUCACGGUCGAGAAGCCAUACAAAGUCGAAGUGCCCAAGCCUUAUGAAGUGAUCGUCGAGAAACCUUAUCCAGUCACCGUAGAGAAAAAAGUCCCAGUUUACGUCAAAGUUCCAGAAUACUACAGAGUCCACAAGCCUGUCCACGUUGAAUCUCACAAAGAAGAAAAACACGGUCAAGAAGAAUUUAAGAACAGUGAAAAAUCACACAAAACUGACUGA